AUGGGGAAAGCGUUGAUUCCAGGGCUACCCGACGAGAUCGCAGAGCUUUGUCUUCUUCAUCUUCCAUAUCCAUACCAGUUGUUGGCACGAUCAGUGUGUUGCUUCUGGAACAAGAUCAUAACAGGCCCCAGCUUCCUUGUAUGUAAGAGAUCAUUAUCGCUUUCUCUUCCUUAUCUAUUCAUCUUCGCUUUCCAUAAAUCGAUGACCAGGAUACAAUGGCAAGCGAUGGACCUGCGAUCAAACUGUUGGCUUGUAUUACCUUCGAUGCCUUGUCCCAAGGUUGUGUGCCCACCGGGGUUUGCUUGUACUUCGAAUACACGUCAAGGCCAGCUCUACGUUUUAGGCGGUAUGCGAUCAGACACACAAACUUCCAUAAAUAAAACGAUGGCUUACACCGCAUCCUCAAAUCAGUGGUCCAUAGCGUCUCCCAUGGUGACCCCACGAUCUUUCUUCGCUGCUGGGAAUGUCAAUGGUAAGAUCAUUGUUGUCGGUGGAAGUGGGGGCGAUUACAAUGACUCAAAAACCUCCAUGGAAUGCUAUGAUCCACAUACUGACACGUGGGAGCAAGUUCCUAAAAUGCACGUGGAGAUGUGCAGCAUUUAUGGUCAUUAUUUUAGCUGUUUGUUACGUGAGAAUUGA